AUGGGCCUUCUGGAGAAAAUCGAUGACGUCGUCGAAUCUAUCGCCGACUACCGCUUGGGAGGAUACCAUCCCGUUCACCUCCACGACCUCUUCAAUGAGCGAUACGAGAUCACUGGGAAGUUAGCGCAUGGUCAGACUUCAACGGUGUGGCUUGCCUGGGACCAGAGGCUCGAACAGCAGGUGGCAUUAAAGAUCGUAAAGGCAGACGCUUCGCGGGAUAACAAGGAGCUGGAAAUCCUACUUUACCUGUCGAAUCCAGAUCUGGACCAUCCCGGGAAAAGGCAUGUGAUAAAACUACUGGAUCAUUUCGAGCAUCGUGGUCCGAAUGGUAUUCAUCUGUGCCUUAUAUUUCCAGUGCUGGUAUCCGAUGGCAAGGAGAUGGUUCUCGCGGGUAAACCGCGCCAGUACAGCAGUAGGGCUCAGGGAAUUUUUGAUGAAACAGACCCUUCUAUGCUUCUCGUCCAAUUGGGUGAUCUGGGCGGAGCUGCAUGGAGUGGUCAGUGCCCCGAGCGGCCAGUAACAUUGAUUCCAUUGCGGGCACCAGAAUUGGUCCACCGGAGUGAAUGGGAUUUUAAGAUUGACAUAUGGACCCUGGGUUGCCUGCUCUUCGAAUUGGCGACAAAUGAGCCCCUAUUUUCCGUGCCUUGUCUGGGUCUCACUGCAGAGCAAAUAGACCAGGAGCACAAAAUCCUCAUCGACCAGAUAAUUGGCGAAAGCAGCCAAAUGCUUGAGUCGUUUGCCUUCUUCCUGCUAGAAAGGCUUCGGGCCAAUCCCCAAGUCACGAGGAGACCGCAUAACCUUGUCUCAUUUCUUUGCUCGAUGCUACAGAGAGACCCUCGGGCACGAAAAUCAGCUGCCGAGUUACUGAAGGAUCCCUGGAUGAUGGGGGAGAAAUUUUGGUAG